AGGCGAAAUUUUUCUCACGUAUGAACAGUUCGUGCUUGGCGACCAAAGUUUACGGAACGUAAGAGAUUCUUAAAAUCUUUUCGCAAUGAGUGCCUUCAAACGUUUUUCAGUCGCCGUAGCAGUUACAGCUCUCAUUAUUUCUGUCGUUCAAAGCGGAGAAAUUCCGGAGGAGCUGAAAGAAGCUGGUAAACAAGCACAUGAUAUAUGUGUUAAAAAAACCGGAGCACAAGAAGAACAUAUUGCAAAUGCGAUGAAAGGUGAAUUUGCGGAAGACGAGAAAUUUAAAUGCUAUCUGAACUGUAUACUGGAACAAUUUAAUUUGUUGAAAGAAGACGACACUAUUAAUUAUGAAGUGAUGGAACAACUAGCACCAGAAUCCAUGAAAUCAAAUUUGGAACAAAUGAAGAAGGAAUGUGGGCAGAGCGCUGGAGCUAAUAAGUGUGAGAAGGCCUUCAACCUGAACAAAUGCGCUUACAAAGUUAACCCAAAUACAUACUUUUCGCUUUAAGCUACAAGAAGACAGAUUAUUGAUACCAGUGCAACAUUUUUGUUUGUAUCGUGGACAAUGAAUGGCAUGUAAUUAUGUUUAAAAGUAGAAUAAAGGAGUAAAAUAUA